AUGUUGAGGGACAAAAAUACCCAGAGCAAAGAUGCUUCACUUAUAGAAUUUGAGAAUCAGCUUAAGGAGAUGGGUGGAAAUGGUAGCCUAACCAGAGGCGAAGAAGCUGCUGAUGCUAGCAAGGUAUCUGAUCAAUCAGCUGAAAGGAAAAAAAGUUUGGUGGACUGGAUGAACUUGAUUAAACCUGCUAAUGGGGAGAAAGAUCACUGGGUUCCGGAUGAAGCUGUUAGCAAAUGCACAUCAUGUGGAUCAGAUUUUGGAGCUUUCAAUCGCAGGCAUCAUUGCAGGAAUUGUGGCGAUAUUUUCUGCGACAAGUGCACAAAGGGUAGAAUUGCUCUCACUGCAGAAGAAAAUGCUCAGCAAGUCCGAGUUUGUGAUAGAUGCAUGGCAGAAGUUUCUCAAAGGUUAAGCAAUGCAAAAGAAACUGUCAGCAAACCUGUCGGUCUGCAAAGUCAUGAAGAUCUUGUGCGAAGGCUUCAGGAGGAAUUGAACAAGAAUCGUAAGUCGGGUUCAAAUUCUGAUGAGUCUUGGAAGCCAAUGAGGGAAGUAGCAUGUCCCAUCUGCACAGUCCACCUUCAGGUGCAAGUUCCUGCCUCAGGCUCCCAAACAAUCGAAUGUGGUGUCUGUCAACACCCUUUCUUGGUCAGUGCUGAUUGAUAUCUGAUUUCGCCUUGCCAUGCCAUUGCAAUUUCUAUCCUCCUAUAAUUCUCUUUGACAAGCAGUAGCAUCGCACAUGCUCUCUGUGGUCACCUUGGUUGUAUACCCAAGUUGCCUGCAUUUUUGUAAGUGAACUUACGUAAGCAUUCACCUCAUAAAAGGUCAAGUGUGGAAGCUAUGUUUUCCGAGAGUAGUGUGAAGAUGAAAACCAGGAACUGGAUGAGCGAAUAAAUAGUAAUGCUUGUAAUGACUGUUGGUGUGCAAAACUUGUUCGGUGACCACAUAGAUUUGUUGGUAGGAAUUGCUUUUGGGCACAGUUCGUGGCUACUAUGGCGGUGAAGUAAACAUAGUGACGAGUGCUUUUGUAUGCUUUCAUAUAGAAAUGAUAACUGUCAUCGACUUUUACUACCAACUUUUUUUUUUUCCUAUCAGAAAAGUGAUUCUAUGAUAUUCUAUAUCUUUCUUUCUUGACUUAAGAGAAUAUUUCAUAGAUGAGAUUAUU